GCAUCUAAUUACUGCCUGCAGGAGCAGCUAGAUCAGGUGAAUUGGAACGAUGAGCAAUAUAUUCAAUAUAUACAGUGUUGUAUAGUGUUGUACAGUGUUGCAUUGUGGUGUAUAGUAUUGUAUAGUGUUGUAUAGUGUUUGGAGCUGCUGGUGAAAGUAAGUUUGGUGCGUUCGUGUGCCACCUCUCGACUGGCGCGCGCAGAGCUGCAGCUCCUCCACUUCUUCUCAUCCUCAACCAGCGGCAGCAGCACGGAAAGACCCUCAGCUCCCUGCAGAAAUACAGCAUUACUGGAGCUGGAGCUCCAUCAGCAUCCUCAUCCUCUUCCUCCUCCUCUUUAUCAUCAUCAUCCCACUCUCCUACUCUCUUACACUCCACGGUUUGGAAGCGCGCGCCAGAGUAGCAGCCGCAGCAGCAGCGGGACUUCAGGAGCAUCAGGACCAUCGGUUCCUCAGGAUCAGUGGACUUGCAGCGCGCGCUGGAGAAGAAGUUUCUCUACACCUCGUAAAGUUGCAGAAAACGCUGGAGGACUAAAGGAAUCAUGAAUCAAACCGCAGGAGUCACCAACACUUACAGGAGGUGCUCGAAAGGAGGGAAAGAGCUGGUGGGCAGUAACCCUCCGCAGAGGAACUGGAAGGGAAUAGCGAUUGCUCUGCUUGUCAUUCUGGUCAUCUGUUCUUUAAUUGUCACCUCCGUCAUCCUGCUGACACCAGGUGAAGAUAAUAGCCUGGCUCUGAAGGGGAAAGUGACGGUGGAGGACAUCUUCAAGAAAGACUUCAGAGUUCACGACCCCGACGCUAAGUGGAUCAGCGGUAAGGAGUUGCUGUAUCGGACUCGUGAAGGCAAUGUGGUCAAAUUCAACGUGGAAACAAACGACACCACAGUGCUGGUUCCCAAUAAGACUUUUGAAAUGUACAAAGCCAGCAAGUAUGAAGUUUCUCCAGACAUGAAGCACGUGCUGCUGGCCUACAACGUCCAGCCGGUGUAUCAGUACUCCUUCACUGCGUACUACAUCAUCUGCAGUUUGGAGACUCCGGAAACAUGGAUCCUGAAUCCUCCAGAAGUGCGUAAUGCUCGUCUUCAGUUUGCAGGAUGGGGGCCUCAGGGUCAACAGCUGAUUUUCAUAUUUGAGAAUAAUAUCUACUACCGAGCCACUGUGGAGAACCGCUCCAUCCGCCUGGUUUCCACCGGCAAAGAGGGAGUGAUAUUUAACGGGCUGAGUGACUGGCUGUACGAAGAGGAGAUCUUCCAGUCUCAUAUCGCUCACUGGUGGUCUCCAGACGGUGCCAGGCUCGCCUACGCCACCAUCAACGACACGCUGGUGCCCAGAAUGGAGCUGCCCAUAUUCACCGGAUCACCAUACCCAACCGGCAGAGAGUACCACUACCCUAAAGCGGGUGAGGAGAACCCAGUCAUCUCUCUAUAUGUGGUCAAUCUAAACGGCCCCCUACACACCAUCGAGAUGAAGAGACCAGAGGACCAGAGAAUAGGGGAGUACUACGUUACGAUGGUGAAAUGGGCCACGAGCACAAAGCUGGCGGUGAACUGGUUAAACAGGGCCCAGAACAUCUCCAUCCUGACCCUGUGUCAGGCUACCACAGGAGUCUGCACAAAGAAACAUGAGGAUGAGAGCGAGGGCUGGCUAAACAGACAGAAUGAAGCUCCGCUGUUCUCCAGAGACGGACUGAAGAUGUUCUUCACCAGACCCAUCCCUCAAGGAGGCCGGGGGAAGUUCUUCCACAUCUCCAUGUCCAUCUCACAGCCCAACACCAGUUCAGACAUGUUGCUGUCCAUCACGUCGGGUGACUGGGACGUGACUGAGGUUCUGGCCUACAACGAGGAGGAGCAGCUAAUAUAUUUUCUGAGCACAGAGGACGGUCCUAAACGCCGGCAUCUCUACAGUGCUGGUACAGUGGGCUCCUUCAACCGGCGCUGUCUGUCCUGUAACUCAGACGGCUGUGGAUACGUGAGCAGCUCCUUCAGCCACGACAUGGCCUACUUCCUCCUCAACUGCAGAGGGCCUGAAGUUCCAUUUGUGGCCAUCUACAGCACCCAGGACACACAGAAACUGAUCGACAUCGAGCUGAACCUGAACCUCUGGAGAACCGUCAACUCCAUGCAGAUGCCCAUAGUGGAGUACAAGGACCAAACCAUCGAUGAUUACACUCUGUCCAUGAAGAUCCUGAAACCUGCCGGCUUUGAAGUUACAGCAAACUACCCUCUACUGCUGCUAGUGGAUGGUACUCCAGGUGGGCAGUCGGUCUCGGAGCAGUUCCAGGUGGACUGGGCCACGGUUCUGGUCAGCAGUUUCGGUGCUAUCGUGGUGCGUGUGGACGGGCGUGGCAGCGGGUUCCAGGGCACCAACUACCUCCACAAGGUUCAGCGCAGGCUGGGCAGGUGUGAGGAGGAGGACCUCCUUAAGGCCCUCAGCUAUAUAGCAGAUGCACCGUACAUCGACAAAACAAGGAUCGGAGCUUUUGGACAGGUGUACGGGGGAUACAUCACUAGUCUGCUCCUGAGCUCUGAAGAAUCUACACUGAAGUGUGGAGCUGUUCUCUCACCAAUCACUGACUUCGAGCUUUAUGCGUCUGCUUUUUCAGAGAGAUAUCUGGGCUCUCCUAAACCCGACAGACGAGCGUACGAGAUGACCAAUCUGGCGUACCGAGCGUCUCAGUUCAUGGACAGGAAGUUUUUGAUCAUUCAUCCGACUGCAGACGAAAAAGUACACUUUCAGCACACGGCCAAAUUCAUCUCCAAGCUAAUCAGCGAGAAAGCCAACUACACUCUACAGAUCUAUCCAGACGAAGGCCACUUUAUCCACAGCGAGGCGACACGGCAGCACCUCAGCCAGUCUCUUGUCAACUUCUUCGAGGAGUGCUUCAGACUACCGGAGUACUUGUUCGAGGAAGCUCUGGAGGAGGAGAAAGAAGAGGAGGGUUAGCCCCGCCCACUCCGGCACAUGGCACCCAAGCACAAAGCCAGCUCCCUUUUGCCACACGAUAUGCAACCAUCCCUUUUUCUUUUUUAGCCCUCCGGUUUGUUUGGAUUGAUUUGUUUUAGGGUCUUUUUUUCCCUCAAAGGUCAUCGUUUGUCCUCACUCUUGGCGCACCCGGCGUAACCCAUGACUGUCCGGUUCUGGUGGAUAUGUGCUUUUCGUUCACUUGCUGCUCCUCCUUUGAUGUUGGACAUGGAGCCCUUUUUUUUGUGUGUAUGGAGCUGCAGGACGGCGGACGUCUGGAGGGUCCAACUGGCUCAAACUGCCUUUUUUAACCAAGCAGGCCAGAGGUUUAGGGGUCUACAGACGAGGAAAUGAAAUUGUAAAAUGGAAAAAUGGAGAAUGAAGGUGGGUGGGUGGCUUCCUUUGGCUUGUCUGUCACUUUUGAUGGAUGUGAUGACAUCCAUGAUGGACCAUUGACGACUUGAUGACUUGUCAGCCCUUCUGCUUCAACAACCUUCAACAGAAGACUCAACGUAAGAAGGAGGGGAUUGCUGGUUGUUGGUUUUUACAGCACAACGUCUGCAGACUGAGCAUUCUGAGAGGAAGAAGACUCUUGGUGCUGACUGUGCGGAUGGUGCGAAUGGUGCUGAUGCCGCGAGAUGGUACAUACAUUGGGUGAUAAUAUAAUAUACGAUAAUAUAAGAUAAGAUGCUCUGUGUGGGUUUCGUGAAAGUUGGAAAGAUGGAGUUGUGGUUGUACUUAAAAAAGUAAAAAAACAACAACAGAAAAAUAAGAAAAAAGCUCAUGUCCGAUUGUGCUUGUGUCUGUCGUUCUGAUGUAAAGUAGCACACGAAGAAGAAGAAGAAAAAAAAAAAAAAUCAUCAUAAACAUCAUCGAAUCAUCAAUCUGGGUAUUAAUAAACUCGUUUUCAGUGUUCAUAUUUCAUAUUUUCAUUUUCCUAAACUUGGGAAAACCCUGUAGCCUCAAUUAUGUACUUAAAAAAAAAAACCAAUAAGAAAUCACGUUAACUUUAUUUAUUUAUUCGUUCACCCACACAGACCAUGACAGUUCUAGAAGACUGUUGAUUACACACAGAUCUCACACGGUUCUUUCAGCUCUUAAUUUUUUUAUUUUUGGGUGUGGUAGUCUCUCUCAGUGCUAAACCAAGCACACAAUCUAUAGUUUUAGUCACUGUGCCUUACUGUGGGAGCAAGGAGCCUCCUUAUAAAUACUCUACUCUAUAAGUCAUUAAAGGCUCAUCUGUAGAUCACCACUAGAUCUUCUUCUAAAUGCAUCAUCUGAGCACUGCAACUCUCGAAUGCCAACAUAUGCGUCAAAUGCUGUCGAAGACAUUCCAUUUAAACGCCAUUUUAAAGAAUAUGAAUCAAAUAUAAAUCAUGUCACACUGUGGAAUACUUUAAUUUAUUUAAGGAUUGUUUUUUUCCUAUUCCUAUUUUGUGCAUGUGUGAAUCUGAGUUUUUAUUUAUUUUUUUUAUUUUUCCUACCAAGGAGAAACAGACGAUGCAUUGCUGGUUCCAAUUAAGCAGUUAAGUGGACAGUAACAAAGGGAAUAUUAAAUAUUCAUUACUCUACUCAAAUAGGUUUUUUGUGCAUCUUUACUACAGUAUUUAUAAUUUUUUGGGUGAAAAUCUACUUUUUCUCUUAUUUGGCUCCAAAACUUUUGGCUGUGAUUGGCUUCAGUCAAAAAAGUAACAGCCUUUGCUUACGCCCAAUGGCUCUCUAUUCUGCACUAAAUCAAAUAUAAAUAUAAAAAAUAUAUAUAAAAAGACUACUUUAAUUUAACAAUUUAACAAUCAAGGAUCUUUUUUUUUCUAUUCCUAUUUUGUGCAUGUGUGAAUCUUUUUUUUUUUUUUUUUUU